CCUGCCGAUACAGCGGCAAUCAUUCUCUAAAGCUCGUCCGCUGUUCUUACCUUUAGGAGGGCUGACUCCGGCGAUGCUUGAUUCACAUUCUCUUGAUUUCCCUUACAGUGCUGCUGGAGUAGAAUCAAAGCUCAACGACGUAUUCACGCAGCGAUCUAAUCCAGCACUUCGCCCACUAUUACGAGCACUCUCUAACAGAGAUAAGGAAGCAGUCUGGCAGGAGUACUGCGAACUUGCGCCAAAACAGUUAUCGCAGGGCACGGGAACAACACAACUCUCAAAGGGAGGCCUACGACAUAUGUGGCGUACGGAUUUUUCUUUGGUACUGCUGUCAUUCCGGCCUAGACAGAUGCUAGAAUGGAGUCCAGACAAGGGAAGGGUCCAAAGUUGGGAUGAUGAAGGGGAAAAAAAACGCUUCCUGGAGAAAAUCCAAGUGGUACGGAGUCAUAUGGAGAGUCUUGGAUUCACACUCGGUACUCAAGAAUGGACACACCUCCUGGAUUGUGCUCGUGCUGUGGGUGACGUUGAGCUCGCCCGUCAGUUCUGGCGGGAAUUCAAGCAAAGUGAAUGCACACCCAAUACAUAUCUUUACAACGCCUACAUCGCUGCUGUGUGCGGCACGGCCCAUGGAUUCACUACUGACUUGUGGAAGGCCAGGGACUGGCAGAAGAUGAGGGACGCGGCCGAGUCAUCGCUCGAGUCAUCGCCUGACCCUAGCCCCGGUCACACAGUCGCGAGUCUUGUCCAAGAAAUGCUGAAGAACAAAGUUGCACCGAACGCAGCAACCUAUGAUCUGCUGAUCCUUGCGAAGGCCAGGGACGGUGACAUCGAAGGUAUUACGAACAUUCUUGAGGGUAUAUGGGGCGUUUCUCCUCAUAAGAAAACUUCGCAUAGUACAGAAACACUCGCCAAUAGCGCAGACAGCCGCGUUACGGAUGUCCUUCCAGCGUCGGUCAAGUCCAAACGCGAUUUGCAAAAGCGAGGUAAACCCCAGGGUUCCCGCCAGCCAUUUUCUCCACUUUGGCCCACGGCUCACACGCUGCUGUCAAUUGCUACUGCAUACGGCUACAAUGGUAAUUUACCAGCAGCAAUCUUUGCUGUCGAUCUUAUGGCGCGCACUUACAAUAUCAAGAUUACGGCUCCCAUUUGGUCGGCACUUUUACGUUGGUCCCAUGUUACGUCAGCUCUCUUUGGGGGCCCAACUCCGGCUACCUCGACUCGCGCUCUCUGGGAUUCUAUGCGAUCACCCCCAUACAACAUAACCCCGCAAGGUGGACAAUGGACUCUUAUGAUCAUGAAUGAACUUUGUAGAGGAAGAACUGAUGCGGUGGAGGAGUUGUUGACAGAAAUGCUCUCGAGGAAGUUUCUUGCAGCUGCAUAUGGCUUGUCAGAGAAAGUGCCGUUGUACGUUGAAGAAAUCUGCCGAAUUCACGAGAGGAAUGCUAGCAAUGCGGAAUCGCCGGAAGAGGCGGACGUUCAUAUGCGAAAGAGCUUUGCGGUUUGGAGGAAGUGGAUGAAGAAGGCCCCGAGGCCACCUACUUUGGCUCCUCUGCUGGAAAACACACAGGUUGAUGCGACGUCGUCGGUGAAUGAAUCUUUGAACGCUGGUACGAUCGAGGAUGCAGCGAAGCCAUAA